UGCAGUUCAUUCUCUCUGUUAUAUAGCUUGGGAUAAAUCUUCAAUGAAAACAUAAUCAUAAAAUAUGCAAAUUAACAAAUUAUCUUGAAUCCAUUUUUACUUCCAGACAAGGAAACGGAAUAAUGACUUCUCAAAUCCUGUCUCCGUGUGUGGAACAAAUUGCUGAUAAUUAUUGGAGGUGGAGAGUUAAUGACCUGCCGGAGUUUGCCUCAUUUGUUGGCAUCCACAACCAAGAUGAGAAACUCGACGACCUCUCUCUCACGGCACACCAGGCUCGAUACAGACAGUGCCAGGCAUUUCUGGAGGAGGCGAAAGCUGUUUGGAGCAGCCUCACUAAGCACGUCGAUGUCAUUAACAUCAAGGCUCUGAUAGCCGAGCUGGAGACAUAUAUUGAAGGUUUUCAAUAUAAAGGAUACCUGCUGCCACUGUGCACCAUGGAAGGGAUACACGUGGACUUUCAGCGGCUUAUAUCGUGGAUGGGUCUCGAGAAACUUAAAGACUACGAGAACCUGCUCUCUCGGUACAGGUUCCUCCCAAAGCAACUCGCCCAGAUUGAGGAGCUGAUGUUCCAAGGGGUCUCCGAGGGUAUUGUUCACCAUGCUAUUUCUAUGAAAGGAGUAACAAAAAGCUUAGGGUCCUUCGUAGUGGAAAACGAAGAAGACUCGCCAUUGUGGAAACCCUUCUUGCAUAUCCCAAGUGCAAUUGCAGAUGAAGACAAGAGGAAGGCAUUGCAAGAGAAGGCUGGGAGGAUUAUAAAGGAGGAGCAGAUAUCACCAGCAUUCGAGAAAUUGCAAUAUUUUGUGAGUAAUAAUUACAAGACACGUCCAGACAUCGCAGUCACUACUUUGCCCGAUGGAGAAAAUCGUUACAAGCAACUCCUAAAGUUUGUAUUUCAUUUGAUCUUGUGGUUAGAUUUAUAUGCUUAUGUUUGUACAGAAAGGCAAAUACAUUUAUUUCUUAGUAUAUUAUUUCUAUCUUUCUCUCUUUACUCUUCUCUUAUAUUAUCUCCUCCUUUAUUGCCCCUCUUCUCUUCUUUUCUCCCCUUUUAUCACCCCUUCUCUUUAUCUCCCCUUCUGCAGGUGGUAAAGGCACUGGGAUACAACAUACCAGUCCAAGAGUUUUCCUCACUCCUCCGAGACGACCCUAAGCAGUACUUCUCAAAUGCUGAUGACUUGCUUGCUGCCUUCAGAGUCAUGGCGAAGGAGAUUGAGCCGAAGAUGCUCGGGCUCUUUGCUGAGCUUCCAAAGAUAGAACUGGAGAUAGAAGGCGACCCAAAUCCAAACAAAAUUGGAGCUUUUUAUGAAGCGGGCUCGUACGAUGGAACACGAGGGGGAAUUUUCCAAGUCGGCAUACAUCACUUUGACACAGUACCGAAGUAUGGCAUGAUGACCCUUUCCCUCCACGAAGGCAACCCGGGGCACCACUAUCACCGCUCGUACUGCCGCAGUUCAGCCUCCAUGCCCUUCUUCAGGCGGGUGAUGGAGGACCGCAACUAUGGCCAGUCGCCUUCGAGGUUUCCCAUGAACACAGCCUAUGGGGAGGGCUGGGCUUUGUACGCAGAAGAGCUGGGCUUUGAUAUGGGCCUCUAUGACAAUCUCUAUGACAGAUAUGGUCACUACUCUGCUGAGAUAUUCCGCGCAAGUCGUUUAGUGGUUGACACUGGCUUACAUGCAUUAGGCUGGACGAGAGAGAAGGCGAUCGACUACAUGUUCUGCCAUACUGCUAUGACAAAGACACAGAUAGAGAAAGAGGUUGACCGAUACAUCACAUGGCCAGGCCAGGCUUUAGCAUACAAAAUGGGCCAGCUGAAGAUCUCACAGCUGAAAGACAAAGCCCAAAAGGAACUCCGUGACAAAUUCUGCAUCAAGACCUUUCACAUCAUUGUCAUGGAAUCGACUGGACCUCUAAGCCUUUUGGAAGAGGAAGUCAACAAGUGGAUAGCAGGUGAAACCCAUUAUGCAGAGGGCAGCUAGACUUUGAGUUGGAUAUGUGUAUAAACUUGAGGUUUCCUUUAUUUGUCACUAAUAUAUAACAUCAAAGCAAGAUAAGUAUUAGUUGGAAAAACAUCAAGAGAUAAGAGCUCAUAAGAAUGAAUUAUAAUAGUGUAUGACCCUCUGUACCAUCCAGUCAAUUAGCAAAUGUGUAAUGAAAACUAUUUUCCAGUAAUUCAGGUACAUUUUUGACACUAAACUUUAGGUGGUUGGGUGUCACCCAUGACCUAAAAUCACAAGAAAGAGAUGGUAUGCAUCCUCCAGUGUCUGCUGGCACAAUUUCAUUUACUUAUUGAAAAUUUUCUGCCGCAUCAACAUCUAAGGUCAUUAACAGCAUAUUUAGAAUAUAGUGAUAGGGUGUGGUUUGGGGGCAAAGCCUCAAGGUAAAGAAGGGUUGUUGUUUCAUAAGGUGAUGUUUGUGGAUUUCCAGAAUGGUUAAUGGACAAAAAUAAAUGUGAUAGAUAUCAAAGAUUAUAACAAUAUUAUAAAGUUUUGUGGUGAAAAGGGUAAAAAUUAGUUUAAAUUAGGAUCAGUGGACAGAAAAAGGGGAUGAAGAAGAGAAGAAAAAGGAAAGGAGGAGAAGAAAAGACCCAAGCAAAAUUAGUUGGGGCAAGGGCUGUGGUCCAAGGCAAGGGGGGAUCCUCUAUAUUGGGCCUCAGUCUCCAUUUCCUAAGCCCCCCCACAUCAAUAUUGAGCAAGGGAUUGGGGUGGGAGGCUUCUGGCAUGAGUUUGUGCAAGCAGUGGCACCAUAGCUUACUUUCUUUUUCUCCUUCUGAAUAAUUUAUGGUUUCCUUCCAUAAAACUUGAGCAGGGUAAUGGAGGACACAAAGGGAAUCUGCAUGUAUGGGGUGUUGGGUGUCAAGGUGUCAGACAUGCUUGUUUGUGUGCAAGGCUAUGUGCAGAGAUUUGAGUUGUGGCCAAAAUCAUGUUUUUGAAUACUGAGAUCUCUCAUUGUGUUUCUAUGUAUUGUUAAUGAAGUAUAUUAUUUUCUUUUUGGAAAGGUUUAUAUGGUGCCAGAUUUUAUAUGUAAAUAUCUUUCUAAAAUUAGGUUUUAAAUAUUUUAAUGGCUUUGUUUCUUUUGAACUGAUUGUGAUGAAUAUAGAAAAGGGUAUGAGAAUGAACUAAUAUGCAAUGCAAGAGUCACAAUCAACAUUUCAUUUGAAUUACUUUUCUGAUGAAGAUUUAUUAGAAAAUAUGUUGGUUAAAUCUCGUGUUCAGAAAUUAUUCUGUCUCAUUCAAAACUUUUUCAGCAUUUGCUUGUUUCCUCCUUUGAGCCUCUGGGGGGUAAUUCCUGUUGAAGGUUGCAGUUGAAUGAAUCUGUAAGUUAACAUUGUUAAAGAUGGUAACCUUGUCAUUUGCUGCUGCUGUUUGGUUUUGUGACUUUUUUCUUUCUUUUUUAUUCAUAAAGCACAAAAAGUUAUAUGUAUAAGAUUAGAGUUUGUGAUUUUAAUAAAUAUAUAGAAAAUAAA